AUUUGAAUUGGAAUAUUGCAAUUAACACUCCAUUAUUUAAGAAGGAAAGGGGAGAAAGACCGGAUGUCGGGAAUAACAAAGUUAAGUCAAAAGCGACCAUUUUCAGAAGAUGAUGAUUCAUUUCUUAAUGCAAGUUCUGAAUCUGAUUCUGAAGAGGAGGAGGAGGAAGAAUGGAUUCCAAAAAAUAAAAUUGCAAGGAAGCCAAAGAAAUCUACAGCAAAACCAGUGACAGCAAAAAAGAAAGUUAAGUCUGAAGCAGGAAGUACAUGUACAAGUAAAACGUCAGUAAAAAGAUCUACGAUAAAGACAGCAGUUAAAAAGAGCAGGAAAAAAACACCAGAAAAGACCAAAGUGGAUCCUACUGUAAUGAGUCAUCCAAUAGUUUUGAAUAACAGCGAAGAUAAAUUACCUUUGCAAACUGAGCAAGAUUUAGAAAGCAUGAAACGGAUGCCUCAGCAACCUGCAAUACAAAUAAAAAAAGAAAUUGGACAUUGUGUGGUUAAAGUGGAGCAACCAUCAACAAGCACACAUUUGGGUGACAGGAAAAUCAAGGAAGAACCAGAUAUAUCUUUCACAUGGGAGGAACCAGCUUUGAAAAAGCAGAAGACUGAGAAUUAUCCAGAUGGCAAACCAGUAAAACUACAACGAGGAUGUGUAGAAAUUGGGGAAAUGCAGAUGAACUGGAAUAUAACCCAGGUUUUGUCUGAGAGGACAAAUACAGAUGCAUGGGCCUGUGCAAACGUCAUUCGUCUAUUUAAGGAAGAAAACACUAUUCCAUUUAUUGCCCGAUAUCGAAAAGAGCUUACCAAUAACAUGGAUGCUGAUACUUUGCGAGAAGUACAACAGACACUUGAAGAAUUGACUACAGUAAUAAAGAAAGCGCACACAGCCAUCCAGAAACUAGCAAAAGAUGAAAAACUUACACCAUUUUUAAAUAAAACUUUGUUGAACUGCCAGACUGUGGAAGAAGUGGAACAUGUGUUUGCUCCUUAUAAAAGUGGAAGUAAGAAGACAAAAGCUCAGCAGGCACGUCAGCUUGGCUUAGAACCUGCAGCAAAUCUACUGAUUGACCGUCCGGGAGAACUUAAUCUCAAUAAUUACAUUAAAACAAAUGUAAAAGGUCUUUCAAAUGUGGGAGAAAUAGAGACAGGAAUUCGGCACAUAUUAGCAGAUAUGAUGUCUAAAGACACAGAAACAUUGAACCGUAUCCGGAAAUUGUGUGAACAAAAUGUAGUUUUUAUUCAUUCAACUUUGACAAAAGCAACUGCAAAAGAAAAGGACGGACACAGAAAAGAUACUGAGAAAUUCCGUCUCUACCAUAAUUUCAGCAGCAGCACCGGAAACAUUCAUCAUCAUCAGACUCUGGCCAUUAACCGAGGGGAAAAAUUGAAAAUCCUGACAGUGAAGGUCAGCAUUCCUGACAGAGUGAAAAAUGAGUUCUGUAGAUGGUGCGUCAAUGAAAGAUGGAGACCACGGUACUUCGCAAGGCCUGAAUUGAUGACACUUUUGAAGGAUUCUGUUGAAGAUUCAUAUAAACGUCUCAUAUAUCCACUUCUGUGCAGAGAAUUCAGAUCCCGCUUAAGCACAGAUGCUGAGAAGGAAUCUGUUGCAAUGUUUGGGAGAAACCUUCGACAGCUUCUUUUAAUUAAUCCUGUUCGUGGCCGAGUUCUGAUGGGGAUUGAUCCUGGCUUUAAGCAUGGCUGUAAAAUGUCAAUAAUUUCAGCUACAGGCCAAAUACUUCAUACUGAUGUGAUUUACAUACUUGGUCAAGGAGCACAGCGAGAAGCUGAAAAGAUAAAGCAUUUGCUUCAUAAAUACAGCUGUUCGACCAUCGUUAUUGGUAAUGGAACUGCUUGCAGAGAAACAGAAUCUUUCUUUGCUGACUUGAUAAACAGGAAAUAUUUUGCUCCACUGGAUGUUGUCUACUGUAUUACCAAUGAGGCUGGAGCAUCCAUAUACAGUGUGAGCCCAGAGGCUGCUAAAGAGAUGCCAGACCUGGAUCCCAAUAUUAGAAGUGCAGUCUCUAUAGCAAGGCGUGUUCAGGAUCCACUGGCUGAGUUGGUGAAAAUUGAGCCAAAACACAUUGGAGUUGGAAUGUACCAGCAUGAUGUGUCCCAGACUUUACUUAAAGCCACCUUGGACAGUGUGGUUGAAGAAUGUGUCAGCUUUGUGGGAGUGGAUAUCAACAUAAGUUCGGAAACCCUGAUGAGACAUGUUGCAGGACUCAAUGCUAGUAGAGCAAAAAAUAUAAUUGAAUGGCGGGAGAAGAAUGGACCAUUCAUCAACAGGGAACAGCUGAAGGAAGUCAAAGGGUUGGGUCCAAAAACCUUUCAACAAUGUGCUGGUUUCAUCCGAAUCAAUCCAGAAAACAUAAAGAACUUUUGCAGCAAUCAGCAGAAGUCUAAUAGCGCUGCGGGAGGCCAGCAGGCAGCUGAAGCAGGAAGCAGUUCCAAGACAGGUGGUCGAGGGGGAGCAACUGUGAAAACUAGUAAAAAGAAGGGCAAAAGCCAGUGUACCUCAGUGCAGCCAAAUCCUUUGGAUCAGACAUGUAUCCAUCCUGAAUCGUAUAACACAGCAAUGAGGUUCUUAUCCUUCAUCAGUGGAGACCUGUCUGACAUUGGAAGGCCUGCUAUGCAGUGCAAUGUGAAUGCAGCACUGAAAACCAGUUCAAUGGAUGCCUUAGCUGAAAAGUUUGAGACAACUGUACCAACACUGCAGACGAUUAUUGAUGGACUGGUACAGCCUCACGACUAUGACAUUAGAGCAGGAUUUGAGCAGCAGGAUUUUAAAAGGAACAUUGUCUCUCUCAAUGACCUGAGAACGGGAACUGUUUUGACUGGAAGGGUGGAAAAUGCUACUCUGUUUGGCGUCUUUGUUGACAUCGGUGUUGGUCGAUCCGGUCUGAUCCCUAUUCGUUAUAUUACAGCAGCCAAGCUGCCUGCAACUAAAAGACGUCGAAGUCUAGGUCUUGGUCCUGGUGAAAGGGUGGAAGUUAAAGUGCUGGAGAUUGACCAUGCAAGAAACCGUAUUUCAUUAGAUCUUAUUCGAGUUUUGUAAACUGAUAAAAUUUCUUCAGUCAAAUUCUUAGAUUUUCCAUUUUCCCCACCUUGGAUUGGUGGAAAUUCAGUGGCGUUCCCUCUGAUGAAUGUUAGAUUUCUCAGCCCUAAUGUUGUAUUGUCACUGAUGCUGCAGUGCUCAGCAUCAUCCCAUAAUAUUUGAAGGACCAUUUUUUUUGUUUAUCAUGUAUGUUAAAAGUUUAAAAAUUGAUAUUAAAAACUGUAGUGUUAUCUGCAGCAUUUGGCAAUUCAGUGUGAAUAGCUGUCCAAACUUGUGCACAGACACAACUUUACUGACCAAUUUGUACAUUUGAGAAUAUAAGGCUUCAGCAAUCUUUCACUCAAUUACCCUAACAUUACACACCUAGCUCUGGUCAUGUCUGUAAUCUGUCCAUGUAUAAAUGUUUAUUGCUUAAACGUAAAAAAUGUUUAACUUCAAACUUAACAACAUCAUUACCACCCGUGUCUGCGGAUCUGACCUAAGCAACUAAAUUUAUGAAACAGGCUGCAUUGUCUUUUGAUUAUGCACAAAUCAUCAAUAUAAUACCACUGGAAUUUGAUAUAUUUCACAACCACUGUACACAAGACUUCCAAAUUUUAAAAGCUUCCUACGAUUGUCAGCCUUUAAUUUUAGCUCCAAUAACCACAGUUACCGUUUCAAGUUGUCAUAACUAAAAUACAAAGUGGAUGGUUUUAACAAAUGGUCUUUCCUUCAACACCCUAGCUUCAGUUGAUUAAUUUUUUUCAUAAUUGUUUUUUACAUACCCAGGCUUAGCUGCAAAAAGAAGCGUCCAUUUUAAAUGAGCAGCCCCAUUAGGGCUAAUAUUCAGAAUAGUCUUUCUGAUUUACAGGCUUUACUGAAAUAAUGCCUUUUUUUAGGCAGUUCACGUAUCCGUUUCUACAGCCUAUUGUUGUUCCUUGCCCCUUCCUAUCAUCGAUGACAAAUUCACUUUUUGAAUAUUCAAUUGUGUAAAGAUUCAAGAACAAGAGCCUUAAAAACUGAUUUGUUUGAUGGUCAGGUGUGUCUAUGUGUUGUUUGAAUCGUGUUUUGAAUAUGCUUCUAUCAGACCAAUUUCGAUCAAUGAUUUUGUGCGAAAUUAAACAUCUCUGAUUUUACGAU